AUGAAGUCCACCAUCGUCACUGCUUUCCUGGGUUUUGCGUCUCUCGCGAUCGCUGCACCUGCACAGAUUAUUACGCGUCAAACGUCUCUUGAGCAGGUUACAGACAGCUACGUGUUCGAUAUAUCCAUCGCCGAGUUCAUCGAUAACCGCAAUGCGAAGACUGGUCCUGCGGAAUUGGAUUGGUCGAGCAAUGGGUGUACUGCGAGUCCGGAUAAUCCGUUUGGGUUUGAUUUCAUAAACUCGUGCUACCGCCACGACUUCGGCUACCGCAACUUUAAGAAGCAAAACCGCUUCGAUGCGAACAAAGCGCGUAUCGACGAUAAAUUCAAGACAGACAUGUUCAAUCAGUGUGCGAAUGAGGCGGUCAAGGGGCCGUGUGAGGCUACUGCUACGCUGUACUAUGAGGCUGUCAAGACGUUUGGGAAAAAGCGGGAUUUAGAGAUGGCGGGGGAAAAGAGGGCCGUUAAUGAAUGA